AUGGUCCAUGGAACUUUAAUCAACAAAAUCGUGGAUUUAAUCAAAUGCAGAAUAACCAGUUCUAGCGAUGCAAUCAGCCUGCUCAAAAAAACUGCUCCAACAAUGAACAACCUUAUCAGAUCUGUAAGAAAAGAAACCAUCAAGAUGACAAGUGUUGGUUUCGAUAUGAAAAACUCAACAACAAUCAGCAGAAGUAGCCAGCAGCUUAUAUUGCUCUUCUUGGAGGACAAGCACACGGGAACAACGUUGCUGCGUGGGCUGAAUAAGAAUGGGCUUUACAUCUUUGAGGUCGAUUCAACAACAUCUGUUAUAUCAAGUGUUGUUCAACAUGAUCUGUCAUUUGCGCAACCAUCUCAAAGUGAGCUUAUUUCUCAUCCUAUGGUAACAAGAUUCAAGUCUAGGAUUAGAAAACCAAUACAGAAGUUGUGUUUAACUGCUAGAAAACACCCACUGCCUGAAUCAAAUUUCAUGGAGCCUACAUGUUACUCAGAAGCAUGCAAGAACCCAAAGUGGAGAAAAGAAAUGGAUGUACAAAUUAAUGCACUCAUUCGUAAUGUCAGUUACUCAUUGGUCAAGUAUGAAGAAGGCAUGAAUUUUGUUGGCUCCAAGUGGGUAUUUAGGGGAAAGAAAAAUCCAUAUGGCAGUAUCGAACGCUACAAAGCUCGCCUAGUUGCAAAGGGAUUCAACUAG